AUGCAUCGCUUUUUUGCAGAGCUGGAGCCAUCUCUAUCCGUCACUGAGCAAAACCUGGCAGACCGAGUUAGGUACAUCCUGCGCUCCAACAUAUUUGGUGACGCCGAACUCGAGCGACUACGACGUGAGGCUAUUCCUUCAUCGAAUGGAAAUGCUACGGCUGGGAAUGCGGCGCCACUAGAUGCGCAACAAACUGCAUAUGUGGAUGCUGCCGUCAACAUUCCAUUUGUGGCUAAUUCAGACGAUGAUGGAAUAGUCUCCCACGAACUAGAGAAAAUGAGGAGCAUAUUGGAAGAGUCGAUGCUGGAAACGCGCAGCAUGCCUCUCGAAAAUCGACCGCGACUUCCCCGCAUACCCCUUAGCAAGCGAAAUCGGGCUGUCGUGCGGGCUCUUAACCCAAUGCUGGUGACCUAUUUUGAAGCCAGCCGGGACCUUUGCGAGACGGAUUCAAUUCUUUUUGGCGCCGCACUGGCAGUAUGCCGUAUUAUUGGCGCCAAACUUCCCGUGGCUGGACGUGCUACUCAAAAAAGUAGCGCCAUCCCAGCCUGGAGAAAAAGAAUUGAGGACCGUAUCGCAAAGGCAAGGGCCCUUAUCGGCAGACUGACAAGCUUCAGGUCGGGUAAUAAUAGACCGAGGAUUAUGCGCACCGUUAGGAUGGCGUUUGCUGGGACAAAUAUCAAUUUGUUCCAGCCGGAUAUCACGCAAAAACUAACGGAGCGCAUAGAUGACCUGAAGCAAAAAAUCGCUGCUUGGGGGAAGCGGAUUCGACGAUUUAGCGAGAGGUCAAGGCGGUUCAACCAGAAUCGUCUCUUCCAGAGUGAUCAGAAGAGGCUCUAUAAAACAUUGGAGCGACCAAAGGUAUGUGGAGCGGGCCCAGGACCGGAUCAGGCUGACACUGUCGCAUUUUGGCGUGGCCUGUGGUCAGAGCCCGUAAACCACAGCGAGGGCCCUUGGAUGGAAGUUGUGGCGAGCCAGAGUGCAAGUGUUACGCCUAUGGACCCCGUCACUAUAACGCCUGAAGACGUGGCUGAGGCGCUGGGAUAUCCAGAAAGUUUCGGUCUUUUGAGCCUUCUCAUGAUUUACUUUAAAUGUAAGAGGGCGUUGAAUUCAUAUAAAUAA